UCCGCCUUAAGCCCAGUCGCUUCUUUCCGGACCCCUGCAAGCUGGGAUCUCUGACUCCCGUCUGCACGCGGGCCCGAGCGGAACUAUCGCGGCGCUUGCAGGGCGGGGCCGGGGCUGGCCCGCAGUUCUAUUCUGCAGGGAAGGCGUUUCCCUUGAUAGGAGGCAAAAGACGCCGAAAGAAGCAAGACUGUGAUUCUCAUAUAAGAAAAGCCCAGUUUUUCAUGUGUGCGCCCCCUUCUCAGCUGUCUGAGGAACCUGCCACUUCUGGAGAGAAGAAAGACGAGGCGCGAAGGAUGUCUCUGGAACUUCUCAAAGCUAUGUACCAGGAGUUGGUGACCUUUGGAGAUGUGGCCGUAGACUUUUCCCAGGAGGAGUGGGAUUGUCUGAAUUCUUCUCAAAGACAUCUAUACAGUAAUGUGAUGCUGGAGAACUAUAAGGUCUUAGUCUCACUGGGUCUUUGCUUUUCUAAGCCCAGUGUGAUAUUAUUGUUGGAACAAGGCAAAGAGCCCUGGAUGGUGAAGAGAGAGCUCACAAAAAGCUUGUGCUCAGGUUGGGAACCUUUGUCUGAAACUGGAGAAUUAAGCCCAAAGCAGAAUAUUUAUGAAGAGCACUCAUCGCAAAAGAUAUUAGAAAAACUUACAAGCUAUGGCCUUGAUUACCAGCAUUUAAGGGAAAAUUGGAAAUAUGAGGAUCAUCUUGAAAGACAGCUACAGAAUCAGAAAGCUUGUUUUAAGGAUGAGAUGGUCACUCAUGAUGAUGCCCUUGAGGAAAUAGGACAAGAACAUAACAAAUCUUGGGGAUCCUUGUAUUCGAAAAUACAGCUUCACAAACAACAGGUACUCCCCAAAGAGGAGGAAGUAUAUAAACAUGAAACACUUAGGAGAACCUUUAAAAAGAGUUCAAUUACCAUUAAGCCUAAAAAUAUUUAUACAGAGAAGAAACUUCUGAAAUGUAAUGACUGUGAAAAAGUCUUCAGCCAGAGCUCAUCCCUUACUCUGCAUCAAAGAAUUCACACUGGAGAGAAACCUUAUAAAUGUAUAGAGUGUGGGAAAGCGUUCAGUCAGAGAUCAAAUCUUGUUCAACAUCAGAGAAUUCAUACUGGAGAAAAACCUUAUGAAUGUAAGGAAUGUAGGAAAGCCUUCAGUCAAAAUGCACACUUGGUUCAACACUUGAGAGUUCAUACAGGAGAAAAACCUUAUGAAUGUAAGGUGUGUAGGAAAGCCUUCAGCCAGUUUGCCUACCUUGCUCAACAUCAGAGGGUACAUACUGGAGAGAAACCCUAUGAAUGUAUUGAGUGUGGGAAAGCAUUUAGCAAUAGAUCAUCCAUUGCACAACACCAGAGAGUUCAUACGGGUGAGAAACCUUAUGAAUGUAAUGUCUGUGGGAAAGCAUUUAGUCUUCGUGCAUAUCUUACUGUACAUCAGAGAAUACAUACUGGAGAGAGACCCUAUGAGUGUAAGGAAUGUGGAAAGGCUUUUAGCCAGAAUUCACAUCUUGCUCAACAUCAGAGAAUUCACACUGGAGAAAAACCGUAUAAAUGUCAGGAAUGUAGGAAAGCGUUUAGCCAGAUUGCUUAUCUUGCUCAACAUCAAAGAGUUCAUACUGGAGAGAAACCCUAUGAAUGCAUUAAAUGUGGGAAGGCUUUCAGCAAUGACUCAUCCCUAACUCAACACCAGAGAGUUCAUACUGGAGAGAAACCUUAUGAAUGUAAUGUUUGUGGAAAGGCUUUCAGUUAUUGCGGAUCCCUUGCCCAACAUCAGAGAAUUCACACUGGAGAGAGACCCUAUGAAUGCAAGGAAUGCAAAAAAACCUUCAGGCAGCACGCACACCUUGCUCAUCAUCAGAGAAUCCAUCUUGUGGAGUCACUCUCACCACCUAAUCCAGUCAGUCACCAAGUCCUAUAGACCCUCUGAAAUACUUAUGUAAUUUAUACCCUUCUCCAUCUCUGAUGUCACCCCUGGUCUAAGAUGUAUCUCACCUGGAUCACUGCUAGAGAUUUCAUCUGAUUUGGGUCUUCCUAUAUCAAUUUUUUAUUCCCUUAAGUACAAUUUCCACCAUGUACCCAAAGUUUUAGUUUUGAAGUAUAAGACCACACAUAUCAAUGUCUCUGGUUAAAACUAAUUUUGCUAUUUUUAAGUUGACAUUCAAUCAUUAAAUUUGUCUAUGGGUGCUCUAUUUUAUGUUUUGUAUAUUUCUCAACUUUAUUUUACUUUCCCUCUCUGGGAGCUGGGCACUUUUAGGCCCGAGAGCUUAGAUUUUGGAAAAACCGUAUCUCUAGUACCUUUGAGUAAUUUGCCUGGCUUAUCUAAACCUCAGGAUUUUAGUUCUGAAAAUAGGAAUACUAAGGGAUACUGUGUUGUAGAAACGUAUUACAUGAAAUGGUGUCUCUUGUAGCCUGAUGCAUUUACAGUAAGAAAUUUGCAUGUAAAAUACUUCACUAGUGCAUCAAAUAUAGCAGAUGUCUAACAAACCUGUGUUAACUACCUAGACCCCUUAGUGGAAAAAGUAGACCAUACCUGAGCAGAUCAGAAUUGAAAAAGUGUAAAAUAUUCAGAGCAUAAAUUAAAAUAUUUGUUCUAUGGGUGACUGGUCAAACUAGACAUAACCAAAGCUAUAAUACAUAUCCAGCUUUAGAACAUUCCUGAAGAAAACUAAGCAUGAGUACAAACUGGAAGCAUUCUCACCAAGAAUAAUUUAUGUUUUGAUCAAGGCCAUAGAGAGCACAAUUGAUAAAAAAUCUGUAAACAAAUUCUACUAUCCUAUAAAAACAAGGCACAAAAUCUAAUUGUGGGUGAAUCUGAAUAAUUUUGUAAGUAUUUAAACUGUUCUAUAUAAUAGGUAAAAUGAUUUAAAUGUAUCUAGUGGCUAUAAAAUUAAAUUGGAGAGACAGUAAUUUAGGUAUGGUGCUUGCUUGCACGUAGCUAACCUAGGUUCCAUCCCUAGCACCCUAUAUGGUCCCCAGAGCAUAACCAGGGGUGAUGCCUGAGUGAAGAUCUGGGAGUGAGCUCUGAACACCACCAGGUAUGACCCCAAAACAAAGAGAUUCAGGAAAGAAAAAUACAGAUUAGAGUUACUAUAUGAUAUAUAAGUAUUAACUUAUACAUACAUAUAGACCUUCGUUAAAUGAAUAUUGAGUACCAAAUAUUUGCCACUGUUUUGGGUUGAAGGAAACAAUAAUGAACAAUACAUGUCCUCAUGGAGUUAAAUUCCAGAUACUGAGACAGCCUUAUGUAAUAGGUUUUCUAGAUUUUGAAAAUUAAAUGUAAUUUGAGUGUAAUACUUCCUAAACCACAGGAUUCCAGGCUUAUUUGAUCUACCACUCCCUUUCCCUAAAAAUGUUGCUCAGUCAUCUCUGAAAGUUUAUCUUUUAAAAGCAAAGAAACAAAUUGUUUCCCAACUGCUUCUGGGUCUACUAUCAGCCCCUGGACUGUUCCAGCAACUCUGGGGUAUCACUCACUUUGGGAAAGUGGUCAAGACUAAAGAGACUCAAUACAGUUAUUAGUUAUUCUUAAUUUACAAAUUGGGUUGCAGGCCUAAGCAGGAUUUCUCUGUGGGCAUUUUUGCCUUUUUAAUUCACAAUUUUAGGAAAUCUGUGAACUGUAAAUUCUUGUGAAUAGCAAGAAAAAUCGCAGAGUGAUCUAGUAGAAAUUUUGCAUAUGGCAUGGGGCUCAUACAAAUGGAGAAUCUCCAAUAGUAAGGCAAAUGAAAUUAAAAUCACCAUUUCUAUUUCAAUAUCAUUGGGACAAAAAAGCUUUACCAUACCCGUUACUGGAAAGAGGUUAAGUAACGGAAAUAUUUAUACAGUGUUAACAGAUAAUUAUGAUAGGAUAAUUUGGCAAUAUUUAGUAAAGUUGAAGAUGUAGUAACAUUGAUCUAGAAGCUCCAUACUCUCCAAAUGUGUUAUUUAUUGUUGGUGAGAGAAAGAAUAUUUAAAGCAAUCAAAGCAACCGUUAAAUAUGUUAAAAUGAAGUAAACCUCUCACUAAUAUGAAUAUAUCUCAAAAAAGUAAUGAUACUGAACUAGAGUUUAUGUAUAAUGUGCUGCUUAUGCAUAUAAACUUUGAAAACAUGUAAAAACGCUUUGUGUAUUUUCCUUGACACUAUGUCAUUUAGAAAUAAUAAAAUGACAUGAAAGUAAUCAAAUACAAAAGAAUGGUAUCCUACAGGGAGAGAAGGUAAAUGUGAAAUUGAAGAAAGUUCACAAAAGAUACCUUUAAAUAAUCUGAAGAUUAAGCAAACAUGACCGAUACUUAUCUGAUAAAGCUGGAUGUUAGUUUAUAGAUAAGUUCUUAUUGUUUCUUUCUGAAUAUUUAAACUUUCAUAAUAAAAAUAUAGAUCAUUAAAAUGCUUGCCUUUGUUAUUUUUUAUUCAGGUAUGCUACUUGUGUUGCCAUCCAUGUUCACCAAUUUCUUAAGAAAUAAGAUUGUAAUCUAUUUGAGGGAAUAAGUACAAUUUGGUGACUUCCCUUUCUUGUUUGUUUUGAGAGUGACAUUUACACUGAGAAUCUUAAAAGUUACUAUGUUUACUCUAUUCUUUCCUCCAUUUUAUUAAGAUUACUACUAUUUAAGUCAUAAAAGGAUGUUUUGACAUAUGUAUACACUGAAUUAAUUAUAUUGAACUAAAAACACCCCAGUUGUUAAUUUUUGUAUGUUGUGAGAAUAUGAGGUCUAAGCAAAUUUUAAGUAUUUACUAACUCUAGUCAUGUUCUAAGUUAGGUUUUCCUACAUUUGUUUUGGGGGCACAUCUAGAGAUACUCAGGUUACUCCUGACAGUGCACAGAGAACCAUAUGAGAGCUGAAGCAGGAUUGAUGGAUUUUUAUGGAGUUGUUUUUAUAUAGGCCCAUGCUUUUAAAAAUAUUAUUUCUAGCAAGUAACUUUCGUUUUGGGGGUGCACCCAGCUGUGCUCAAAGCUUACCUGUGACUCUGUACUCAGGGAUCACUGCUGGUUGGGGGAUAUAUGGGGUUCUGGGAACCAAAUCUGGGUUGGUGGUUGACUGCAUGCAAGGCAAGUGUUGUACCCAUUGUACUCUCACUUGACCCUUUCAUUUUCAGUGUUUGUUGUGGGGAGAGCCACACCUGGCAGUGCUCAGGGGAUCAUAUGGUUCCAAAGAUUGAAUUUGGGUUAACUGUCUGGAAGGUAAAUGCCUUACUGUGUUACCGUUUUAGUCUGAAUACCGAGUUCUUUGUUUUGCUUCU